ACAAUUUUUUUGAUAGACUUGACGUGAGCGGGCACGGUUGCUGUUGCCGUCGAGAUGUCGUCGAUUAAAUUAAAUUUAGUAUUGUGCAGUGUAAUAUUAAGUAUUUUGGUGUGCGUCAACACUCAGACCGUACAUAGACGUUUCGAAUACAAAUAUUCGUUCAAACCGCCGUAUUUAGCGCAAAAAGAUGGAUCAGUUCCGUUCUGGGAGUACGGAGGCAAUGCGAUAGCGUCAGGCGAGAGCGUCCGCCUCGCUCCGUCGCUGCGGAGCCAGAAGGGCGCCAUCUGGAGCAAGCAGGGUAUCAACUUCGACUGGUGGGAGGUCGACAUCAUGUUCAAGGUCACCGGUAGAGGGCGGAUAGGAGCUGACGGGCUGGCCUUCUGGUACACGUCUCAGCGCGGCGACUACACUGGUGAGGUGUUCGGCUCCUCUGACCGCUGGAACGGGCUCGCCGUCAUCUUCGACUCGUUCGAUAACGACAACAAGCACAACAACCCCUACAUCAUGGCGGUCCUAAAUGAUGGCACCAAGGUCUUCGAUCAUAAGAGUGAUGGGUCCCAGCAGCUGCUGUCGGGCUGCCUGCGCGACUUCCGCAACAAGCCGUUCCCGACGCGCGCCCGCAUCGAGUACUACCUCAACACACUCACUGUGUACUUCCACAACGGCAUGACGAACAACGAGGCGGACUACGAGCUGUGCUUCCGCGCGGAGAACGUGGUCCUGCCGCGCGGCGGGCUGCUGGGGCUGUCGGCGGCCACGGGCGGGCUCGCCGACGACCACGACGUCAUCCACCUGCUCACCACCUCGCUGCACACGCAGCAGCAGCAGCAGCCCGGUGGCCAGCAAAUGAGUGUAGAUGAACAGCAGAAACUCUCACAAGAGUACCAGGAGUACCAGAAGAAGCUGGAACAGCAGAAGGAAGACUACAGGAAGGAGCAUCCUGAUGAGGUGCGAGACAAGGACGGCGAGUUCGACGACUGGUUCGAGUCUGACGGACAGCGCGAGCUGAGACAGAUCUUCCAAGGACAGACUCAGAUACACGAUAUACUGAGGGAUCUCAACAAGAAGGUCGAUGAAGUGAUAGGCAAGCAGAUGAACUCCCUGUCCAUGCUGACGGCCGUGUACAGCCAGGCGCAGGGCCAGCCCGCGCAGCCCGCGCAGCCCGGCCUGCCGCCCGCGCAGAUGCCGUCUCUGCCCAUCGGGCGCCACGACUGGGACGCGCUCGUGGCCAACAACCAGAUCAUGAUCAACACCAUCGCUGAACUCAAAGGGUUCAUAAUCGAGGUGUCCCGCAAGACGGACGCGGGCGCGGGCGGCGCGCCCAGCGCGCAGUUCCUGGCCGAGGUCCGCGACAACCUGCACCAGGUCAAGGCCACCGUCACCGGAGUGGCGCAGAGACUAGCGGCCGGCAGUCCGCAGGUGGUCAGUUCCCCGUCGUGCCCGGAGAUAUCCUGCGUCAGCUUCACAGGCCUGCUGCUCGUGAUCGCAGUACAACUGGCGCUCAUGCUGCUAUACGCCAUGUACAAAGAAAGGAAAGAGGCGCAAGCGAAGAAGUUCUUCUAAGUACUUAUAGGGGUCGCUAGCUCACUAGUUCCAUACUACUGCCGCUCGCCGAUAGAUGGCGCUGUUUAACAUAUCCCGUUCACAACUCCGUUCUUCUCGCCCAACUUAUGUCAUUGGAGUUGAAUUGAAGCGUAUAAGACACAGUAUUUGGUAUACAAUAAUGUAAUGAAAAGAAAAAUGCCAUUCAUAAUAUAAUUAUGUGAACGGUCAGUGACAUAGUAUUAGACGAUUCAUUUAGAAAUACACGGAAAAGGCUAUUUGUUAUACCGAGACUAUCGAACAGCAAUUCAUUUUGAUAUAUAAGAAGAUAGCUACAAGUCUUAGGGCCGAUUUUUCAAUCGCCAGAUAACUUUUAUUCGAUGAAUAUAUUUGACGCUUUGACAGCUUUUGUAUAGAAAAUUUGUCAAACGGCCAUAUUUAUUCCUCAGAUAAAAGUUAUCUGACGAUUGAAAAAUCGGCCCUAAAAGGUGUGGUAACAUUGAAAGCGAGUGUUAAGAAUUAACCGACUUGAAAAAAGGUAGUUCUCAAUUCCUCGAUAUAUUUCUUAUAGUUAACCUAAAAUUAUAUUUGAUUCUACAAGA